GCCAGGAUAAUAAUUGGCCGUUUUCAUUUGCCUUGGAUUCGUCCGGAAUGUUAUGGAUGACUGAGCUUAAUAAAAUAGGGGGUAAACCAAGGUACAGGCUUCUAAAGGCUGAAGUCGGCGCCAGCUCUUACAUGUUUGAUUAUCCACCCACAGUUACGCGAGCCAUUCCAACCACCACUGCCAUUUCCCAAACUACCAAACUAACGCCUGUCACCGUUGCAGAACGAUCCAACUUGUCUUUUCCGACCACAACACAAUCUUCGACGCCUGUUGAAGAACAUCGGCUGUUGAAUAUCAUUCUGAUCUUCUCCAACGUGUUCAGCGUCGUCUUGUUGAGCAUUGUCAUUAUUUGGCUCGUCUUGAAACUGAAGAGAAAAAAUUCCCUUUCGCAAAACACGAACGAGGCCCAACAAAUGUCCGUUUUACCCGACGAGCCGGCCGCGUACGAUGACGUCGGCCCCGAGGAAGUGCAGUACGAGGAAGUAAAAAACGACCAGGCUGCCGCACGGCCCCCUUCUCCUGGUCUCUACGAGCCACCGAUUCGUCUCAGCCCGCGAUCGGCGAGAAGAGUGAAAGCGAUGCCUGAGAGGCCGAGGACUUUCGAGAAAUUUGGAGAGGCCCCUCGUGCUCCACUCCAGUUCGAGUACGACUACGUCCGCACUGCUCAACCGGAACCUCUGUACGAUGAAGUUAAACCGGAACCUUCCGCCACGACACCAUUUGAGGACACUACUUCCGAGUCGACGCAAUACCUACAACUCCUUAAUUGAACACCAUCAGAUCUUGAUUCUUAGGAUAAGAAUAAAAUUAUUAAUUAACUUAAUUUUCCUUACAUAGACGCAUAUAUCUUUAACAUGUAUCGUAAACUUAAACUUUUAUUAAUUCUAUGUAUUUUAUGUUCAAUAAUCCAUCCGUUGAGUUUUUAUGA